AUGCUGUCAACUCCCAUCAGUACAAUCCCAAAGAUCAGAGAUGCUCUUCGAGCGACAUUCCGCAGCGGAUUGGCCCGCCCCUAUAGCCUUGCACGCAUGGCGCAGAAUGAACGAGAGCUCAUUUGCGAUGCCCUACACAAGGAUCUCGGAAAGCCGAAAACAGAAGCUGUGAAGAGUGCAGAGCAGCUCCCAGAGUGGGCCAAGACCGAAUAUCCUGACGUGCCUGAUUGGCAGAAGUCGUGGAAGCCAACGCUCUACAAGGCCCCGAGGGGGACUGUGUUGAUAAUCUCACCAUGGAACUACCCUAUGAUCCUCUCUUUCCAACCUCUCAUUGGCGCAAUCGCAGCAGGCUGCACUGCCGCACUGAAGCCCUCCGAGCUUGUCCCAACCUUCUCGCAGCUAUUGGCAGAAAUUGUGCCAAAGUACCUCGACCCAAAUGCGUACCAGGUUGUCAACGGUGCCGUGCCUGAAAUUUCAAAGCUUCUCGAACUUCAGUGGGACCACAUUUUCUAUACAGGAAAUGGCAAGGUUGCCAGGAUCAUCGCCAGCGCUGCGGCCAAGCACUUGACGCCACUGACGCUCGAAUUAGGUGGAAAGAGUCCUGUUAUCAUUGACUCCACAUAUGAUAUCGAUAUUGCUGCAAAGAGAAUCUUGUGGGGCAAGUGCAACAAUGCAGGACAGAUCUGCGUGGCACCUGACUAUGUCCUCGUACAGCGAGACAAGCAGGAUGAGCUGGUCAAAGCCUUCCAGAAGCAUUACAAAGCUUUCUUCCCCGAGGGUGCGCUGGAUUCCCCAUUGUUUGGAAGUAUCGUAUCAGAUUCGCACCAUAAACGCCUCACAUCGCUCCUUUCCCGCACAAAGGGUGAGAUUGUUCUCCAGGGUCGCGCUGACGCUGCGAGGAGGAGGCUUGAGCCUAGCAUUGUCAAGAACGUCGCGGACGGCGACUCCUUGCUAGAAGAAGAACUCUUUGGUCCGAUAUUGCCUAUUGUGCCUGUGGAUUCUUUGAAGCAGGCGAUCGAUUUCGUUAAUUCACGAUCUCAUCCGCUAGUUCUGUACGCUUUUAGCGACAACGACAGCGUGAAGCAACAGCUUGUCUCGGAAACACAAAGCGGUGGUAUUGUCUUUAAUGACACCUUCCAACAGCUCUCUGUAAACGAACUACCAUUUGCGGGGGUAGGCGAGUCAGGUUAUGGAUACCAGGUUAUGAAACAUACGUACGAUACGUUUACGCAGCUUCGUAGCUCUAUUGACAUGCCGAAGGAGGCUGAGCCACACCUGGCGAGUCGAUACCCGCCCCACUCGGAGGAGGCAGUGAAAGUACUAACUGCUGCGGUGUAUAUGCCCAUUCAACCGAACCGCCUGUGA